CUUCAGGGAAGUGAAAGAAAGUGGAGUGACGAGUUACCCGAGUUUUUCCUCCCUGCUCCAUUUCAGCCCUGACCAGCAUUAACCUCAGCUGUGCAAAUAGAAUGAUUACGCCUACAAUGAAUUACUGUAGAGAAACUACUCCCGAAGUUAACAGGUUGGACAAGUUGGACGGACCCAGCUGUGUCUCUGUGAAGAGUUCGAAUUCGAUGUUGGAGCCGAUUGAAUUUAAAAAAACAGCUUCUCUUCUCGAAAGAACCACACAUCCAUCAUCACUGCCUCAACCUGAGACUCCACCAACCAAAAAACUUUGCAAAGGCCUAAGUAAAGGAUACGAAGCCUGUCCCGAAAAAACAGAGCAUGGACUGAGGAUACACAGGAUUCAUGCUGUUGGCUUGAAGUCUGGCUGUUUUACAGAUACUCAAUUAAAGCUGCGUCGUGAGCAUAAAAACAGACUCAAGGCAAAAUUUCAGCACAUUUACCAUGACCUGACAAUAAAGGGUCAGUCCACGUUGUUGAAUGACAUUUAUACAGAGCUCUACAUCACUGAGAGCGACGGCACGAACGUCCGAAUGGAACACGAGGUGAGGCAGAUUGAAAUGCUCUCCAGGACCCAAAGCACAGUAGAAAUACCAAUCAGAUGCAACGACAUAUUCAAGCACACGCAUGGGCACGGCAAACCAAUUAGGAGUGUCCUGACAAAGGGAAUUGCCGGGAUCGGAAAAACAGUAUCUGUACAGAAAUUUGUCAUGGAUUGGGCUGAAGGUAAAGCUAAUCAUGAUAUCGAUUUGAUUUAUCCGUUUACAUUCCGUGAGCUCAACCUGAUGAAGGGCGAGACGUUCUGCCUAAUCGGGCUUCUUCGGCGUUUUAACAUGGGUACUGUCGAAGUAACAGCUCCUCAGCGUCCUAAAGUUCUCUUUAUCCUCGAUGGACUGGAUGAAUGCCGCUUUCCUUUAGAUUUUCAGAACAACCAGAGACUGUCUGAUGCAGCAGAACAAGUGACUCUCGAUGUUUUACUGACCAACCUCAUCAAUGGAAACCUGUUUCCUGAUGCACUCCUCUGGAUCACUUCUCGUCCAGCAGCAGCCGGCCUUAUCCCGACUCGGUGCGUUGACCUGGUCAGUGAAGUACGAGGAUUUAAUGACCCUCAGAAGGAGGAGUAUCUCAGGAAAAGAAUAAGCAACCAGACACUGGCUAACAAAAUCAUCACACACAUCAAGUCCUCAAGGAGCCUCUUCAUUAUGUGCCACAUUCCUGUCUUCUGCUGGCUUUCCUCAACUGUUCUAGAGAGUACCAUCAGUACAUCAGAAGUUCCUAAGACGCUGACUCAAAUGUACAUACAUUUCCUCCUAAUCCAAACCAGAACUAAAAACCACAGGUACUCCGACAGGAAUGAGAAGUCAUCUGAUGAAGACAUGAUUCUCAAACUGGGCAAAAUUGCCUUUCAGCAACUGGAAAAGGGAAACCUGAUAUUUUAUGAGGAUGAUCUCAGGGAUUGUGGCAUCAGUGUCACGGAGGCUGUGGUCUACUCAGGAGUGUGCUCACAGAUCUUUAAAGAGGAAUGUGCCUUGACUCAGAGUAAAGUGUACUGCUUUGUGCAUCUGAGCAUCCAGGAGUUUCUCGCUGCUUUAUACGUGUUUCUCAUGUAUAAAUGCUACAACUGGAACCUUUUUAACCAGACAAGUUGCAAUACCACAGAUGCUACCCAAGAACUGAACAACAUCCACAAGAACGCCAUUGACAGAGCCUUAAAGAGUGAAAAUGGGCACUUGGAUCUCUUUCUUCGUUUCCUUUUAGGCCUUUCUCUGGAGUCCAACCAGAACAUCCUGCGCAGCUUGUUUCCACGGGUUGGUCGCAGCCUUCAAAAUACAGACGCAACGGUCGAAUACAUCAAGACGAAGAUAGAGGAGAACUCCUCAAACGAGAAGUCUAUCAAUCUCUUCUAUUGUCUGAAUGAGCUUAAUGAGCUCUCUAUAGUGAAGGAGGUUCAACGGUACAUAAACUCAGAAAGUUCCUCCAAACUUUCCCUCACACAGUGGUCUGCCCUCGUCUUUGUAUCACUGACAUCUGAGACAAAACUUGACGUGUUUGACCUCAAGAAGUAUAUCAGAUCGGAUGAAGCUCUCCUGAGGCUGAUGUUGGUGGUCAAAGCAUCAGAAACCGCUCUGCUCGAUAACUGCGGACUCACCGAGAGAUGCUGCAAAGCGCUGGGCUCCGCGCUCAGCUCUGAUUCUUCUAACCUACAGGAGCUGAAUUUAAGUAGUAACUCUAUUGGAGACAAAGGGCUGAGGCUUCUUGCGGAAGGACUGGGAAAUGUCAAAAGUAAAUUAAAGAAUCUGAGACUUUCAUAUUGUAGAAUCACACCACAGGGCUGUUCCACUUUGGUCUCAGAGCUUCUUCCUAGACUUCCAAACCUUAAAGUAUUGGACCUGAGUGAGAACAGCUUGAGGCAGACGGGAAUUCAACUACUGGCUAAUCAUCUAAAGAAUCCAGAUUGCAAACUUGAGAUACUCAGACUGAAAGACUGCAGAGUUACUCCAGAAGGAAGUAAAGCACUAGCCUCAGCUCUGAUCUUGAAUCCGUCACACCUGAAAGAGCUCGACCUCCACUGGAACAAUCCAGACCCAGGAGUUGAGCAUCUGGCUGAUGUCAUGAGGGAUCCACGCUCCAAACUUGAAGUCUUAUGGUUAAGUUAUGGUCUGCUCACCGAGAAAAGCUGUGAGGCUCUCGCUUCUGUAUUGAGGUGCAGCACCGCUCAUCUCAGAGCAGUAGACCUGAGCGGAAACUCAAUACAGGACACGGGAUUGGAGCUUCUCUCUUCUGGUCUGAGAAGUGCACACUGUAAACUGGAGACUCUGAGGUUAGUAUUUUGCCAGAUCACAGAAAAAGGAGUUACAGCUUUGGCUUCUGCUCUUACUGUGAAUCCUCAAACACUGAAAGAGCUGGACCUGAGUGAGAACCCCAUUAGAGACUGUGGACUGAAAGCGCUCUCACAUGUGCUAAAGGAUUUUAACUGCAAAUUGCACACACUCAGGCUUAGACAGAGUGAAGUCACAGAAGACGGCUGUGUUGCUCUUGCUUCAGCUCUGACCUCGAAUCCUAUCCGUCUUAGAGAGCUGAACCUGGGAAACAACAAACUAACAGACACCGGGAUCAAAAGUCUUUGCCAUGUGCUGAAUACUGAGAUAUCCCAAUUAGAGCUAAACGAGUGUUGCUUAACUGAGAGCUGCUGCGAUUCCGUUGCGUCGGUUCUCAUGAAAGAAAGCUCAAGCCUAAAAGUAUUAAAUCUGGGAGGAAAUAAUCUGCAGGACUCGGGAGUCAAGACUCUUUCCGUCGGACUAGAAAAUCCAAAUUGCAAACUGGAGACGUUGAGGUUGUUUAACUGUGGAGUCUCGGAGAAAAGCUGUGAAGUUUUAGCAUUAGCUCUGAGUACAAACCACUCCGUCUUGAAAGAACUGGACCUUAGCGAAAAUAACCUUAAAGACACGGAUACAAAGCUGCUAAACGUCCUACUGGAAGAUCCAAGCUGUAAAUUGGAUCAACUCAACUUGUACUGAACAACACAAGGGAUCCAAUCACGCUGCUUUGUCUUCCCCGGGGCCUCCUCCCGGUUGGACAUGCCCGGAACACCUCCCUAGGGAGGCGUCCAAGAGGCAUCCGGAACAGAUGCCCGAGCCACCUCAGCUGACCCCUCUUGAUAUGGAGGAGCAGCA